UAUAACAGGGAUGUUCAGGGAGUACAGUGUCCAAUGGGAGGCAAGCAAGAGAGGGGGAGAGAAGACGUUAUUUUUUCUCCUGUAUGUUCUUUGAAGAGCAAGGCAACAGCACCUUGAGACGAGAUGUGCUCUUGCACGAAUUUAAGUGGAAGAGACAAAGAAACCAUGCCACCAUCAGCGUCAGAGAAAAAAACUGAAAGCACCAAGCAAUAAGAAUUCAGCCCAGGGAAUCUGAGGGAAGGAAAAAGCAAACUGACAAGGACAGAACAGGUAGCAAAUAACUCAUGUUAAAAAGGACGCAGAAAAUUUAGUGUUUAUGUCAUUUUCGCAGCAGCAUCACCAUAUGAAAAUUCUGUUCUGAAAUUUCCGUCAGGAAGUGACGAGCAUUACGAUUAAAAUCCACACAACAUCUCCAGUGCUGCAGCUUCUCAGGUACCUCCCUGGGAAACGAACACCUCCCCUUUCCACAGCGAGAUCAGCAUCAAGAGAGGAAAAACAACUACUUAAGCAACAUCCCAAUGGGAAUAACCGUCCAAAACAUCACUGGAAGCACGGCAAUGGUAAUUUGGCCAAAAAUGGCCAGUUGUGCCGACACCUUUUAUAGCGUCAUGUACCACCCUAACUGGAACAGCAUGCUAUCCAGUUACUCAAGAAAGAGCUUUCAGAAGGAAGAGAGGGUGCCCACCACUCGCUCCUCCUUUGUUGUUGAAAACCUGACUCCGCUGACAACGUACAUCGUGUGCGUGACCUGUCAGUCCGCCAACCCCUCCAGUGACCAGUGCAGAGUUUUCAACACACUAGAACGAGACCCGGCAUCUGCAAGCAACACCAAGAAAGAGCUCGCGCUGGGCAUCUGGCUCACCAGCAGCGUCCUGCUCCUCAUCAUCGCAGCAAUCCUCCUCUACGGCUGCCUGCACAUCCUGUGCCGCCGGAGAUGCGAGCGUUUGCGAGGGCAAAACGGAACCUCCAAACAAGACCACGGGAAGGCGUGGACCAAAAACACAGCGCAGGACUCAGAGGAGCUCGGCCGGCAGAGCCAACUGAUGCAGGACACUGAGGAAAAGCAUCCAGGUGGCAUCCAGCUGGCCACAAUCAUAGAGAAUCCCUCAGCAUGCAAGGAGCCCGUCAUGCCGACUUCCAAAAGCCGUGAACGCGUGUCAACGACAAGACAGUGCUCUGCCAUAAAUUAGAGAGGAGAUUUUUACUACAUAUGACAUCCCAACUGCUUCAACCAUGUUGCAUGCACUGUCAGCGCUCACAAUGGGGAGCUCUGACUGCUCACCGCAACAUUCCCAGCUGUACCUCCGGUGUCACGUCCCUCUCCAACAGCCCGCACGCAGCCAGAGGUACUCAGAGGCAAAGGUUCAGAUUCCCAAGAAGUGAGAACUUUGACCACUCUAUUAUUUAAAAAUGAAGCAUGUAGCAAAUAAUCCGGUUACAUUUUGAGGGGAAUUUUUGGUUACUUUUCUUUAGCCUAAAACAGCAAACAAAUAUAAAAACGCAUCAAAAGUGACCAAGGGACUUUUUUUUUUUUACUAGCAUAAAUUGAAACUGAGCAGAAGUUUUCAGAUGGCACCCCAGAGUGCUAACCUACAGGCAACUGGAACGUACACUCCAAGUGCAGUGGUUUGCCAGUGUGAGUUUCACCCCCACAAUCCCGACUGCUUCUCGAACUACACACUACAAGCUACUACACUCAGACUACACGCUUCACCGACCAUGGUACUCUCCAAAGCUCCCAUCUGAAUGAGUCUCAGCGUGUAAGCUAAACUCACCAGGAUAUUACUGGUACCCUUUCGCCCAUCUUUGAAAUUUCCCCUUGGUCUAAAAACAUAUGCAAGAUAGCAACUCUCUAAAGACACUUAUAAUGAAACUAAGGAAAUAUCCUGAGUUAUCGUAUUUUGCACUCUUCCAUACCCACCACAAGCCACCUUCUGCUCCACGGGCAAGUGACUCCCUGUAGAGGAAACAGGAGUUCAGAGAAGUAACUCCUGGCCCUUUGUUCUCCCUUUCCCUUUCAGUUUUAAUGAUAAAACUCAUUCACCAGCUGCAAAUUUCUAUCCAACCACAGAGUAUGUUUUGUGUAAUGAAGGGGGCAAGGAACUAAAAACAUGCCAAAACACAUUUUAUUUUUGUAACAACCAAACCUGCCGAUCAUCUCACUCUGCCUUGAGCUUCAUGGCAAAGUGCCAAGAAAGGCCCUUGGAACAGAAAUUUGUUCGCCCUCACAAUACAAUGUGUCUCACCUGGCUUCCAUGUAUAAGUCACCCUGUUUUAAAUCCCUUAAGUGCAUUUCUGUUCCAUAAAAAUGUAAUAAAUGUUAGUAUUGCUGUAUAGUAUGGUAUGUCUGAAAAACUAAGAUACACUGUGACAGCAGGCAUUUUAAACUGCUAUCAAUAGGAAUGUAUGCGUAAAGUCAGCCCCGGCUGACACAGCUCGGUUUUAUCAGUAAAGGCUGGAGAACUGCUGGCUGGGCAGCUGCCAUCCCUUCCCACCGCACCUGGGAAGCCGAGGGAGUGUACAGUUUUGGCAAGAGAGCACCCGCCAAAUAUUUCCCAGCAGGCAGUGGGUCUUUUCAGCUACUGUAUUUUGACAACAUUUCCCACAACUUGUGAAAGACGUCAACUCUCACAUUGCUAGGAAGACAGGAACUGGCAUAAGUUUGAUGCGUCGUCUUUACUUUUUUCUACUAGGAUAGGUACGACCCACAGAAACGCGUGCUGAAUGGGGGCGAGUAUUACUUUUAGAAGACACUUCAAAAGGCGUGUUUAUAGUGUUAAGUUAGCAAUAGUGUGUCCUCCAGUCCCUAUAUAGAUAGCAUUUCCUCUAGAUGACACACAUUUUUGUCUUACACACCAGUCUUAAACAAACUGUGAAGAUGACAACAGUUUACUGCUGCUUCAAAUGAAGGUGUUUCAUGAAACAGACACUGAAAAACUCGCUUCAGAGCAUGAAGCCAACACUACAGGAUUACUGCCAAAAAGGGGUGGCCGGGUAGCAGGGACACAAAGAAAUGCUCUAAAAUGAUUUUGUAAUCAAAUUAACGAUAACAAUUUUCUGACUAGGAUUUAAUCAGAAAGAGAAAAGAUUAUUUUAAUGUUAAGGGGAUGGAGCCAAGAGACGUAUAUUCUCAUCUCUGCCAGCAUC